GUCUAGUCUAGUGUAUCAAAAUCAAAGUGCUCUUCUCUCUGUAGUUAGUUGCAUUGGACUAAAGCCAUGGACUUCUUAAUUAGUCUCAUGACCUUUGUGUUCAUGUUAAUGCCUGCUAUCUCUUCCUCCCAAUAUCUCGGAAACAACAUUCUCAUGAAUCGUAAGAUAUUACUCCCCAAAAAUCAGGAACCAGUUACAUCAUACGCUGUUAUAUUUGAUGCUGGUAGCACUGGAAGCAGAGUCCAUGUCUACAAUUUUGAUCAGAACUUAGAUCUCCUUCCCGUUGAAAACGAACUUGAGUUUUAUGAUUCGGUUAAACCCGGUUUGAGUUCAUACGCUGCUAAUCCUGAAGAAGCUGCAGAAUCUCUGAUUCCACUUCUAAAAGAAGCAGAAAAUGUGGUUCCUGUGAGCCAGCAACCCAACACACCCGUUAAGCUUGGGGCAACUGCAGGUUUAAGGCUUUUGGAGGGGAAUGCUGCUGAAAAUAUAUUGCAAGCGGUCAGGGAUAUGCUCAGCAACAGAAGUGCCCUUAAUGUUCAAUCAGAUGCAGUAUCUAUUCUUGAUGGAACCCAAGAAGGUUCUUAUCUUUGGGUGACAAUUAACUAUCUCUUGGGGAAGUUGGGAAAAAGAUUUACAAAGACAGUGGGAGUAGUUGAUCUAGGAGGUGGGUCAGUGCAAAUGACAUAUGCAGUCUCAAGGAACACAGCUAAAAAUGCUCCAAAAGUACCUGAAGGAGAGGAUCCAUACAUAAAGAAGCUUGUACUCCAGGGAAAGAAAUAUGACCUUUAUGUUCACAGUUACUUGCGCUAUGGAAGAGAAGCAUUUCGUGCAGAGAUUUUCAAGGUCGCUGGUGGUUCUGCUAAUCCUUGCAUUUUAGCUGGCUUUGAUGGGGCAUAUACAUAUUCCGGAGCAGAGUAUAAGGUCUCGGCCCCAGCUUCAGGAUCUAACUUGAAUCAAUGCAGAAAGAUAGCUCUUAAGGCUCUUAAAGUGAAUGCACCUUGUCCCUAUCAGAAUUGCACUUUUGGUGGGAUAUGGAAUGGUGGAGGUGGAAGUGGUCAAAAAAAUCUUUUCCUUACUUCAUCUUUCUAUUACCUCUCUGAAGAUGUUGGGAUCUUUGUGAAUAAACCCAAUGCCAAAAUUCGUCCAGUUGAUUUGAAGACUGCAGCUAAACUAGCUUGUAAAACAAAUCUUGAGGAUGCAAAAUCCAAAUACCCAGAUCUUUAUGAGAAAGACAGUGUUGAAUAUGUGUGCUUGGAUCUUGUCUACGUGUACACAUUGCUUGUUGAUGGAUUUGGUCUUGAUCCAUUUCAAGAGGUUACAGUGGCGAAUGAAAUUGAAUAUCAGGAUGCUCUUGUGGAAGCCGCAUGGCCUCUAGGCACUGCCAUAGAAGCAAUAUCAUCAUUGCCUAAAUUUGAGAGAUUAAUGUAUUUUAUUUAAACUACUAGUACCUGCUUAAGCCUGGAUUACCUGAAGAAAUAAAAUGAAAUAAAAGCCGCAUCUUUCUUCCUUGCUUA